AUGGCAAAGAAGACAUCCGGCGGUAAUGCUGCCUUUCACAAUUUCGUUAAUGAUUACGCCCAUAUUGAAGAUCCACUUGAAAGAAAGAGACUGGCUUUGGAAGCGAUCGACAAUGCAUCCUUUGGUUGGUACCAUGUUAGAACAAUCAUGGUAGGUGGUGUCGGUUUCUUAACCGAUGCCUAUGAUAUCUUCUCGGUCAAUUUGGGUGUAUCCUAUAUGGCCUAUGUAUAUUGGAAUGGAAAUAUGCCUUCAUCUACCGAGACUUUGAUCAAGGUCUCAACUUCUGUGGGUACAGUUAUCGGUCAGCUGGGAUUUGGUUACUUGGCAGAUUUAUUGGGUAGAGGUUCAAUUUAUGGUAUUGAGUUGAUGAUUAUGAUUGGUGCAACAAUUCUACAAUGUACUACAGGUCAUUCUCCAGCUAUCUCUUUCCCUGCGUUGUUAACUGUUUAUAGGAUAUUGAUGGGUAUUGGUAUUGGUGCAGAUUACCCUCUUUCCUCAAUUAUUACGUCUGAGUUCGCAAUCACCAAAUGGAGAGGUGCAAUUAUGGGUGCCGUGUUUGCUAAUCAAGGUUGGGGUCAAUUUCUUGCAGGUGUCGUUACGGCGGUUUGUGUAGCGGCGUAUAAGAACGAACUAAAUAUCAACGGAGUUGAAAACUGUGAUCACACCUGUAUGAGAGCUUGUGAUCAAAUUUGGAGAAUUGUUAUUGGUUUUGGUGCUGUUCCAGGUAUGGCUGCAUUAUAUUUCAGAUUGACUAUACCUGAGUCGCCUAGAUAUCAAUUAAACAAUAUGGAGGCGGAAGAUGGAGAUUCUGGAUCGCUCCAAGAAGUUGAUUUAAAGAACCCUGAAACUAGACAGGUCGAAAAGAAUGAAGAUGAACAAGAGGCUCCAGCCGUUGCGUCUUGGUCCGAUUUCUAUAACCAUUUCAAACAGUGGAAACAUGGUAAGAUUUUGAUUGGUACUGCUGGUUCGUGGUUUAUGUUGGAUGUGGCAUAUUAUGGUUUAGGUUUAAAUACCGCUUCUAUUUUAGAAAGUAUUGGUUUUGCAAACUCUGACAAUAUCUAUAUGUCACUAAAGAAUCAAGCUGUUGGUAACUUGAUUCUUGUUUGUGCAGGUACAAUUCCAGGUUAUUGGUUUACUGUUGCAACUGUUGAUACAAUUGGUAGAAAGCCAAUUCAAAUUGGUGGGUUUAUUAUUCUAACUGCUUUGUUCUGUGGUAUUGGUUUUGGUUAUGAUAAGCUGGGAUCCGGUGGUAGAUUAGGUCUUUACAUUGUCGCACAGUUUUUCCAAAACUUUGGUCCAAAUACAACAACUUUUAUUGUUCCAGGUGAAUGUUAUCCGACCAGAUAUAGAUCAACUGCGCAUGGUAUGUCGGCAGCUAGUGGUAAGAUUGGAGCAAUUAUUGCUCAAUCUUGUAUUGGUACUUUGAAAGAUCACGGUUGUGCAGCUAAGGGCUUACCAAAAGGUUGUUGGUUGAAUCAUGUCAUGGAAAUCUUUGCAUUAUUCAUGUUACUUGGUAUCUUCACAUCAUUAUGUAUUCCAGAAACGAAGAGGAAAACAUUGGAGCAACUAGCCGAAGAGUUACAUGGUGAAAUUGACUAUUCAAAAAGACCUGCAAAGGGUGAUAUAGAAGUCGGCUCUUCUGGUCAUACCGAAUCUACUGUGUAA